AUGUCGUACAAUGGAAAACUGUUCCCUCAGCCAGCAGCGGGGUAUACCCAAUCAUUUUGGCGGACCCAACCCGAUCCCCUCGACACCCACCAAACAUCGCCUGAUCUGCCAAGUGAAGCCGAUAUCUUGAUUAUCGGCGGUGGUUAUGUCGGUGCCUCCGCCGCAUAUCGACUGCUCGCCGAAAACCCGCAAGAACCCGCCCCGCGCGUGGUGUUGGUUGAGGCCCGCGAGCUGUGCUCUGGCGCCACCGGGCGCAAUGGUGGUCAUUUGAGACCGGAUAUAUAUGCGGCGACUGCAAGGUUUACUGAGCGCUAUGGUGUCGAAGCCGCAGCAGAGAUCGUGCGCUUUGAAAUCUCGCACAUGAAGGUAAUCGAAGAUCUGGUUCGUAAAGAGAAGAUUGAUUGUGAUCUUACCUUUACUCGCUCAUAUGACAUGUAUUUCGAUGAAGAGGAGCUCAAGAAGGCGAAGGUCUUCUACGAAUACUUGGUUGACCAGGGGUUUGACUUUAUGGAAGAUGUCAAAUACAUGUCUCGCCAGGAGACACAGGAAACGGCUCAUGUCCGAGACGCGAAAGGAGGCUUCAGCUUUUCAGCAGGACAUCUGUGGCCUUACAAGCUCAUUGCGCAUCUCAUCCGCGUUGCCAUCUCGCACGGUCUAAACCUGCAAACCAACACACUGGUCUCUGAAAUUGGAGAAUCACGUACUGCAGAGGGCUUCUGGCCUGUUACCACUAGUCGUGGUGUGAUUCAUGCGCGCAAGAUCAUUCUCGCGACCAAUGCAUUCACCGGUGCUUUGGUCCCAGAAUACUCGAAGGCCAUCAUCCCUUGCAAGGGCAUCUGCACACAGAUAGCUGCCGCGCCUGGGGCACCGCACCAAGAGUUACCCGGAACGUAUGCGAUACGAUAUCACCCUGGGGCAUUUAUUUACCAGAUCUCGCGGAACGACGGGUCCCUCAUUGUCGGUGGAGCGUCGCAUCUGUUCAAGAAGGACAGAGAGCAGUGGUACAAUAACCCCGAUGACAGUAAAUUGUUUACAGUUGCAGCGGAUCAUUUUGAUGGCUAUAUGCAGCGGACAUUCCUCGGUUGGGAUGAUAGCAAGGCGGAAGUGAAGCACGUUUGGACCGGAGUCAUGGGAUAUAGCGCAGACUCAUUGCCUCAUGUUGGAAAUGUCCCCGGUAAGCCGGGACAGUUCAUCGCCGCAGGCUUCAAUGGCCAUGGUAUGCCUGUGGCAUUCUUGUCUGGAAAGGCUGUUGCAGAUAUGGCACAGACCUCGGUCGCCUUUGAGGAUACUGGUUUACCAAGAUUGUUUAAGACCUCAGAGGCUCGAUUGGAACCUGUGUUUGAUGAUAUCCUUGGUUGA